AAGACGUAAUUGCUUGAUGAUGAACAGAAUGAUUUUGGAUCUCAAAAUACAUUUGACCAAAGUAUAACUAGUUUAGUUCUCCAUUUCUGGUCUUCCCAUGGUUAACGUUAAGCUACAUGUCUACUACUAUUACAGAGAGAAUCAAGGAGAAGAAAGAAAAUGACAUAAGGAAUGAAGGGCAAGAUGAAGACAUGGAGCUUCCUGUAUUUCAACUAGCUACAAUAUUACAUGCAACUGAUAAUUUUUCACUCAGCAACAAACUGGGUCAAGGGGGUUUUGGACCUGUUUACAAGGGGAAAUUAGUAGAUGGGCAAGAAAUUGCUGUGAAAAGGCUUUCCUCGAGUUCUAGACAAGGAGUAAAUGAGUUCAAAAAUGAGGUUAAAUUGAUUGCCAAACUUCAGCAUCGGAAUCUUGUUAGGCUUCUUGGGUGUUGCAUUGAAGGGGAGGAGAAGAUGCUGGUUUAUGAAUACAUGCCUAACAGAAGCCUGGACUCAUUCCUUUUUGAUCAAACAAGGGCUAAAGAAUUAGAUUGGACCAAGCGUUUCAGGAUUAUCUGUGGGAUUGCGAGGGGGCUUCUCUACCUUCACCAGGAUUCCAGAUUGCGGAUUAUUCAUAGAGAUCUCAAAGCUAGUAAUGUUCUUCUUGAUAAGGAGAUGAACCCAAAAAUUUCAGAUUUUGGGAUGGCCAAAACUUUUGGAGGAGAGCAAACUGAAGGGAGCACAAGCAGAGUUGUUGGCACAUAUGGUUAUAUGGCACCAGAGUAUGCCAUAGAUGGGCUAUUCUCAAUAAAGUCAGAUGUCUUUAGCUUUGGCAUAUUAUUGCUGGAGAUAAUAAGUGGGAUUAAAAAUAGAGGGUUUUUUCAGCCAGAACAUAGCCUUAACCUCAUCGGACAUGCAUGGAAAUUAUGGAAAGAAGGCAAUCCUUUAGAACUUGCAGCUGAAUCCUUGGGAGAGGGUUUCACGCUAUCAGAAGUUACUAGAUGCAUCCACAUCAGUCUUUUAUGUCUACAACAGAAUCCUGAGGACAGGCCUCCCAUGUCAUCGGUGGUGAUGAUGUUGGGAAGUGAGAUCAAAUUGCCUCAGCCAAAACAACCUGGUUUCUUGCUUGAAAGGACUGCACUUGAAAUGGAUUCUUCAACAAGUAAGCAUGACUCAACCUCAGUAAACGAAAUCACCCACUCGAUCUUGGAGGCUCGGUAAAGGAUUAUAUAUAAUGAUCUAUGUCAUGUCCAGAACAUUGUUCAUGGGUGCAAUUAGUACCUUAUGUUUUUUGAACUUCAGGACUAAAUAAACCUUAGGCCCUAAACUCCAGUGUAGAAACAUACCCUUCAGGUCCUUACUCAGAUAUCAACAGAAGGAUUUAGUGUCCACCCCGAGGCUGUCUUUCAUAUGUGGUUUGUAACCAUAUUCAUUUUAUAUUGAAAAAACAAAUGAAACCUUCUUAAAGCUUGAAUUUCCCUAAAUGUAGAAAUCUGUCAGAACAAUUCCAGAUAAGCAUGCCACCAAGGCUGCAGUUUGAAUAAGUUUAUUUUCAAAUUAAUUACUGUUUUCUGUGUUUUAAAGUUUAUAGCAGUUUGUUAAGAAGUUUGUUUGUAUUGGAUAACUGUUGAGGUAGAUUUGUAACUACCUUAUCAGUGUGUACCUAAGUAUUUUGCAUAAUGAAAAUUUAGUGUGGCU